UGUCCCUUCAAGGAUUCCGUAUCCAUGGUGCCGCUGUGUAAGAAGUAAUAGGUAGUUUAUGUGUUGCUGAACAUGUCUAAACGAUUAUUUAAGAACCGUAUGUCCAAAUGAAUUGACAUUAUAACUUGACCAGAGGUUUAUUAGCUAUUGUUUUCGCCAACGGUCGAGGUGACAUUGUCAAACCGCCGUUCGCUUCGUUAGAAUCAUAACUAACGUUAAUGUCUGUUGGGACGACACGAUGUUGGCGACGUUGACGAGAGUUAAAAGUCCUCGGUGGCUGUCUCCGGACAUACUUUUAGGAUACAUAUUGGGACAAGAGGUUGGAAGGAAGGAGCUGAGUGUGCUCAGUCACAGUUGUCCCCCAGUAUCAGCAGCAUGGAGGCGGAAAGUCACCGCUGGUUUCAGAGAAGUCAGCACCUCCUGCACUCUGUGCUCCAAAGCCCGAGGAAACCCGAAGAAAACCGAGCUGUCGGAAAAGAAGCUGACCCGUCACUUUAUAGACCAACGGCGUGUGAGGCUGGUGGCUGGAUCAGGCGGUAAAGGGGCCUGCAGCUUUCUCAGUGAGCCCCGAAAAGAGUGGGGUGGACCGAAUGGAGGUAAUGGAGGUGAUGGAGGCAGCAUCAUUAUCAAGGCUGACCGCUUUGUCAAAUCAUUGGCGCAAGUAGUUCCGGUUUACAAGGGAGAGGACGGGCAAUCAGGAGGCAGUAAGAACUGUUAUGGCAAGAAUGGCAGCACAACCUAUAUUUCUGUACCAUUAGGCACUGUAAUAAAGGAAGAUGGAAAGACAGUAGUGGACCUUUCUGAGAAUGACCAGGAGUAUCUGGCUGUAUUUGGAGGGGCCGGUGGGAAGGGGAAUCGAUUCUUUCUGUCCAAUGAGAACCGCGCCCCAUUGACAGCAACCCCAGGAACGGCAGGCCAGGAGAGGGUCCUCCAGCUAGAGCUCCGCACCAUGGCACACGCUGGACUGGUUGGGUUUCCUAAUGCUGGGAAAUCAUCGUUGUUGAGAGCCAUCUCCAACGCGAGGCCUGCUGUGGCUGCUUACCCUUUUACAACACUCAAUCCACAUGUAGGAAUUGUCAUGUACAGGGAUCAUGAGCAAGUUGCAGUUGCUGACAUCCCAGGCAUCAUUCGAGGAGCCCAUCUAAACCGAGGCCUGGGCCUCUCUUUUCUGCGUCACAUAGAGCGCUGUCGUUUCCUCCUCUUUGUUCUGGACCUUUCGACUCCGGAGCCCUGGACCCAGCUCCAGCACCUGCGUUAUGAACUGGACCAGUAUGAGCAUGGUCUUUCCCAGCGACCUCAGGCCAUCAUAGCCAACAAAAUGGACAUACCCGAAGCCCGGGAGAAGCUAGAGACUUUAAAGAGCCUGGUCACCCAGCGGGUCAUUCCUGUGUCGGCUCUUACAGGACAGAACACAGAAGAGCUUAUCCUCCAUCUCAGAGAGCUGUAUGACGGCUACCUACAAGGAGCUGGCAGUGGGGAAGGCAAGCCCACUAAGUGGUAGAAAAAACAAUUUAUUCUUGCUCUACUGUUAUUUGUUCUGGAAGAUAUAGAAUGUAUUUCAUUUAAUAAAUAUAUAUAAACAAAACACAAUGUGUCAUUUAUAAUUACCUGCAGCAUAUUGUUCAAUACAAUGAUUUUUUUGGAUUCCUUCAAACUUUGAAUAUAGCUUAUAACAGCUUUAUGCUACACAACAUGUACAGAUUUUGGUGACAUUACAUGUUAAGAGUUGACAGUGUACUUUUAAUGUUAGGAUUACUAAAUGCCAAU